GUUUCUUUCUGAACACGAAGGAGCGGUUUAACGGUUAAUAACGGAAACUUCUGGAAAGAUUGUCGCCCUUGAGAGCUACAGAGCGAGCGCGAGCUGCGUGCGCGUGCGCGCGUGCCUGAACUAGCGAGCCCCCUCAGCGGCUUCGGUUAUUUCAGUCUUCAUGGCGACGGUUUAUCUAAUUAGCAUCAUGCUAAUAUAACAUUUUUUUUUUUAAUGAAGGAAUAAUGAGUUAAAUAGUGCUUGUAUCUGCGCUGAAGCUGUUUGCCCCCUCCUCAGGACAAGCUGGGCCGUCAAUACAGCACAGAAUAGCUGAAGAGCUCCGGACACACCUGAACACACACACAGGCUCUCGUUAUCAUUUCAGACGACGUCCUGCUUAAUCAAUAAACAGACAGAGAACUUCCUCUUGCUUGCUCGCUCGGUCAGUCACUCGGGCCGAGACUGUGACGAUGCACUGACCAAACCGCACCAUGGCCCGAGAGGCUCUGUGGAAACUCCCACAAUCCCUGGCUCUCUGAUUUUCAACACCAACCUCUGAUAAUAAACAACCAAACCCUUUCAAGCCAUGAUGUCAGUCUGCAUUCCUUCCCCUCACAGCUCCUCCCCUUCCAUGGAUGCAGCCAACUGCAAUGGACCUCCAGUGACCCCGCCCACCUCCCUCAGUCUACGCUCCUCCCACAACCAACUGCUCAGCGGUGACGUGGUCAACCAGGGCCAGGCCACGCCCCCAAAGUGUCGCAAGAAGUAUGCGCUAAUGAGCAUGCAGAGUGCCAUGGGGCUCGGUGAUGGCGCAGCACCGCCUCCUUCGUCCUCCACGUCAUCCACCUCCUCCACGUCUUCCACGUCCUCCUUGUCCCCCGUCACAGGUAAUCUGAAGCUGGCGAAGAACGGCGCCAAUCAGCUGCGCAAAGCGGCCGAGCUGCAAGACCAAAACAAAAACACGACAAACGAGGACGAUGCGGAAAGCGCCGACGACUCGGACCACGAGUUGGAGUUAAGCAUCGACAUCCAAACAGAGCCGGACGACUCUGACGAGCCGGCGAGCAAGGACACGAGCGAUUUCCUUAACGCUGAUCGGCACGAGGACUCGAACACCAUGACGUUUGAGGACGAUCCCGACGAGCUGCUCAUCCUGUCGGAAAGAUCAGAGCUCGUCAGGAAGUCCCCGCAGCUCCAUAAGGACAGGGUCUUCCUGGAGUCGCAGAGUGACGACCUCUCACCCGAUGAGCCCGAGGCGCAGGAUUACGAUGUCACGGUUCCUCUCCUGGAAGAGAAAGACCUCAGUCCACCAUUAUCACGGAAACAGCGCAGCCCAGAGGACACGCCCCUUCUGUCCGUCGGCUCCUCCUCUGCCUCGUCCUCCCCGGAGACAAAAAAGGACAGGCCACGGACCGGCGCCAAGACGGACCGUGCGCUCCAUCGCAUACAGAACCUCCCACCUAGUGAUGAGGAGUCCAGCUGGACCACGCUCUCUCAGGACAGCACCUCACUGGGCUCGCCAGAAGACACGGAUAUCUGGGGAGACCGGUCGUUCCAGACAGACCCAGACCUGCCCCCAGGAUGGAAGAUGAUGACCGACAUGGGUGGCAUUUAUUACUGGCACAUUCCCACUGGCACCACACAGUGGGAGAGACCCGGAGCGUGCAAUCCCGCACCGAGCAGCGCCCCUCGCCAGGACGCGCGCAAACACUCGCUGGGCUCGCUUUCUCCCUCACCCACUCCUGACCAAGAGGCGUCUCAGGCGGAGGUGUUUUUUGGCGCAUCCUGUCGCUCGGACAGCACAGCAUCCGACAGCUCCGUCGAUCCCGUCCCACCUGCGGUGUCCUCUGCGUUUCUCGACCCCGCCCCCAUCCUUUCCUCAAACUCCUCCUCUUCCUCUGACGCGAACGUUCCUUCCUGCGGGUUCGUCAACAGCUGCUACUUUCCUCGAUCUUCGUCACUGCAGAUCAUGCCAGAGAAAGACAAACGCACCUAUAUCCAGCAUCGACAGGAGGACAAAAAACAACCCUGGAGUGAUUUUGCAGUGGGAAAGAUUGAUAGUGAGGUCUGGAAGGAUCUGCAGGCUGCCACAGUGAACCCUGACCCCAGUCUGAAGGAGUUUGAAGGAGCCACUCUCCGCUAUGCCUCGCUCAAACUUCGAAACCCUGCUCCUGUAGAGGAAGAAGAUUCCAGCAGUGUUAACAGCGAUCCUGAAGCCAAGUGUUUUGCAGUGCGCUCUCUGGGAUGGGUCGAGAUGGCAGAAGAAGACUUGGCUCCUGGGAAAAGCAGCGUCGCCGUUAAUAACUGCAUCCGACAGCUCUCCUACUGCAAGAACGACAUCAGAGACACAGUCGGGAUAUGGGGAGAGGGGAAAGAUAUGUAUCUGAUCCUGGAGAACAACAUGCUGAAUCUGGUCGACCCGAUGGACCGAAGUGUCCUUCACUCUCAGCCAAUCGCAAGCAUCCGUGUCUGGGGUGUGGGGCGGGACAACGGCAGGGAUUUCGCCUACGUAGCACGCGAUAAAGACACACGGAUAUUAAAAUGUCACGUUUUCCGCUGUGACACGCCUGCCAAAGCCAUCGCUACCAGCCUGCAUGAAAUCUGCUCCCGGAUCAUGGCGGAGCGCAAGAGUGCCAAAGCUAUGGCGGGAGGAUCUCUGCAGGACAGGAGCCACACAGGACUUGACGUCCCGCUGCAGGCAGAGUUCCCCACACCAAAGACUGAACUGGUGCAGAGGUUCGAGGUCUUGUACGUUGGCAUGAUGCCAGUAACCAGACCCAUAGGUAUGGAUGUUUUAAAUGCAGCUGUGGACAGCCUGAUGACAUCAUCAGACCGAGACAGCUGGAUCCCGGUGAUCCUGAAUGUAGCGGACGCCACUGUCACAGUCAUCAAAGAAAAGGAGGAAGAGGAAGUCCUAGUCGAGUGCCGCGUGCGUUUCCUGUCGUUCAUGGGCGUGGGGAAAGACGUGCACUCUUUCGCCUUCAUCAUGGACACGGGCAACCAGCACUUUGAGUGCCACGUGUUCUGGUGCGAUCCCAACGCGGGCAGCGUGUCUGAGGCCGUGCAGGCCGCCUGUAUGUUACGGUACCAGAAGUGUCUGGUGGCGCGCCCGCCCUCGCAGAAGUCCUGCUCACAGGCCCCGCCCUCCGACUCAGUGACACGCCGCGUCUCCACCAGCGUCAAGCGAGGCGUCCUGUCCCUCAUCGACACGCUCAAACAGAAGAGACCCGUCACAGAGCUGCCACAAUAAUCCUUUCUGACACACACACACACACACACACACACACACACACACAUACUCUUGCACAUCGAUUCAGCAUGCGUACACCUAUUCACAUUACUUGGAAAAUCACACUCUUCUGUAAAACCGGGGGGAAAAAAAACGCCCCAUGCUUCACCUUAUAGCGUAACGUGGCUCCGCCUCCUCUGUGUCAAUCAAGUGUUAUGUGCUUAUCUGCAUGGGGUGACCACACCUCCGUCGCAUGAUACAAGACAUCACGCACAUAUUAGGAGGAGCAUCCUCGGGGUGUGACAGACGAUAAAGUUUAUGCAGAGCGUUUGUGUGUGUGUGUGUGUGUGUGUGUGUGUGUGUGUGUGUGUGUGUGUGUGCGUGCAUGAAAAGCCAGACAGAUCGAACACUUAACCUCACUAGAGCUUCCUCUGUACAAUCUCAGCUGGCUGUACUGUAUGUGUGUGUGUGUGUGUGUGUGUGUGUGUGUGUGAGAGAGAGAGAGAGAAAGGGGGACGUGUGUACAUUGCUGCUGCUUUAUUAGAACUACAGCAUCCAUUCACAAAGCAUGCAGUUUCUUUCCUACUUCCUGUCUCACAGUCCUGAUAUGAUGAACAGAGGAGAGGACGGAUUAAACUUGCUAGAGCGAAAAAAAAGAGAGAGAGAUAGACGAGUGUCGCUUUGUAAAUACACAUCAAAGCUUUUCACCAAAAAAGACUGGGCCUAAAAGAGAAUGGAGGCUGACUGAUAUCUGAUGAUAAUGAGGGGUGAAGAGAAUUAACCACGAUGAUGGAUCGAACACUGAAAUGUGAUGUCCUGUGGAGUCUGCGCUUGUUUUCUAUCGCCUCAGCGAUGCUGCCUUUCCGUUUCCUUCUCAAGCUCGUUCAUGCACGCGAUUGGACGCCGACAGAAUGACAUCAUGCUGGAGAAACAAACAAACAAAUAAGAAAAAAAAAAACCUUGUUCGUGCGCAUAAGGACGCUCGUUCAGCGCCACACCUUCAGCACCGUCUGGGGAGCCGUGUGCAUAAAACAGAAUCAGCGUUUAAAGGAAACCUCCACCCUGAACGAUGUGCGUAAUGAUAUUUACAAAGAAACAAACAUGCUUAUACGCUAUCUCCUAAGUCUUCUAUUAUCCGUUCGACUACCUGCUCACAGCGGCGCAGUAAAGAUUUACUCCUUUGGCCUUUCUAAAUAAAGAGAGCGAUGCAGCAGAGCUUCAGUAUGUCUAGCUGUCUAAUUGUUUCAGGGUGGACUUUUUCUUUAAAAUCUCGCUGCACUCUGGAGUCUGCUGCCGUCCCAAUCUCAUUACAAGCUUCGAGAGGUCACUCGUGUGUCCACAGUGUCUGUAUAACACUUUGCAAAUGCAUAUCGCAUCAUAAGCUAUGUUUUUUUUUAAAUAUAUAUAUAUAUAGUAUAAUUUUCACUUUUUAUAUUAUUUUAAGUAUUUUUUAUAUAUAUGUAUUAUUUGCCUUGUGAACACAUUCUCGCCAAACUGUAAACAAAAAGGAAAAACACAUUGUAUGUGUUGUGGGGAAGAAAAAAAAGGGGGCGAAAGGAAAAAAGAACAAAUUUAUUUCACGGUCUGCCAGAAGUGUCUAAACUAUGCAUUCUUUUAGCUCCAAGGACGAUUUAAGGAAAAACAACGACACAAAAAAAAUAAAAAGACUUUGCGUGUCUCGGAACAAUGACUAAACACGAAGAAGUGGACGUCAGAGUGGACGGAAAAGAUAUUUUUUAUUUUAUUUAUUCUAUUUUAUAUCGCGUGUAAAGGUUUUUGUCAUGAUCCGUUCUCUGUCUUGGACAUUCUCUUCACCGUGGCUCGGACUUAACAAAUAAAUCGGUCCGUGGCGAGAAAUAAAAGGAAAGAAACCGAAGAAACAGUGAGGACAACAGUCUUGCACAGUCACUGGUUUGUUUUUGUUUUUUUCCCCCUUUCCCAAGAUGGAACUAGUAGGCAUAUCAGAUAUAUUUUUUUUUGUAAAGUCUGUUCAAAAUCUUUUGAUCUCAUCUUAAAAUUUUUGUUUUGACAUCUUGUUCCUUCGAACACAGCUCGAGUUAUUUUUGAGAUGUUUAACGCUUUGAGUUAAGCUCCUCUGCACUUCUUUUUUUAUAUGUACUCCUCCUUUAAAAAAAAGAUGAAGCAGGCACGCGUUUCAAUCUCAUACAGCGUGCACUUCAUGAGAGUACAGAGACUUGAACCGAGCUGUUGGAGAUUCACGUGGUGUAGUUUGAUCAUCUGAGAUGAAUUCCUGGUCACUCACACAGACUUGCACACACGCAUCCACACACAUACACACGUAGACAGUUGCAUUCUUGUGGAAACAAUGGCUUCUUCUCCUCUACACUACUUUGUACCCCAUACUAAAUGUAAUCUGUUGUGAGAAUAAACAGCAUAUCAACA